AUUCGAACAAUAUGUUCGCGACAACAAUUGUAAAUUAAGUGAAAAUUCUAUCAUUGUUGAAUAAUGUUUUCAAAAAACAUUUAAAUUCUUUGAAUACUGGAAACAAGCUAUUUUGAUUGGCUGAAAAAUAUGGAACUGGUAAAUUUAAAUCUACAAAAAAUUGCAAAAUGGUUUGAAAACGGAUGUGAAUUUGGAAUGACAAACAAUAAUGAUAAUAAUAGCAAAAAAGAUUCCAAUAAUAAUAUUUGUAAUAAAGGUACAACAAUGCGAGGCAAUCAAAACAAUCGAAUGGUAAACAGUGAUGGUGGUGAUACUAAAAAAGAGAAUCGAUAUUACAUAUUAGAAUGUAAUGAUAUUUGUCUGUUAUCAAAAUUAUCCGAUAUACAAUGUGACACAUUAUUGGAUCGUGUUCAUAAACAAAUGAUGACAAUCACAGAUCCAUAUAAUCGAAAAGAAUUUUUAUUGUCUAUUGUGAAUGAAUUUUUACGAGAUGGACGAAAAACAAUAGCAUUACAAGCCAUUAAUGAUGAGAUUGAAAAUCGAACCGAACUAUAUCAACAAUUUAAAUCGGAUCUAUUGUUUUAUCGUGCAUUAUGUCAUUUUAAAAUGGAUCGCCCUACUGAAGCAUUAAUUGAUAUGUAUGGAGGUUUAGAUAAUUCCAUGAUACAAAAAAUCGAUUCAAUACAUAAACAAUUAAUGGAAGAGACGGGAAAAUUUCUGAAAAAUAAUAAACUUUCAAAUGAACAAGUGGUCAUUGUAAAAGAUUCAUAUCAGAUGACAUUGAUUGAAAUAUUAAAACAAUAUGAAUUUGAAGUAAGCCGCCUUUGUCAACAAUCUCAACAACAAACAUUAAAUAAUGAUCAUCAUGGCCGAAGGCAACAUACAAAAUGGCAAUUCAAAAAUUCUAACCAUUACUCUUGGAAAUUUUAUAAUAACAAUGAUUUUCUCAAUAUUUCUUCAAAUUCUUCAUAUGUUCAUUGGCCACGAUUACAACAAAAUCCGUCAACAUCAUCAUCAUCAUCAUCAUCAUCAUCAUCUGCAUCUGCAUCUGCUGCUACUAAUAACAGUGAUAGAAUUGCAUCUACAUCAACAGCAAGAUUAUCUCAAACACAAGAACAAGAGAAUCGAGCCAUAACAAUAACAUAUAAAAACAAAUUAAUGGCAACUAAACCAAAUCCUUUGAAUGAUUAUUAUUUUGAUAAAAAUAAUAAUAACUAUGGAAACAAUAAUAAUAAUCCAUUAGAAAUGGAUAAAAGACCAAUGAAAUUGUGCGACCAACAACGAUAUAAUGAUAUGAUUCUACAACAAAAUAAUGAACAUGUAAUAGACAGCACUAAUAAUGAAAGUGGAAAUAAUAAUAUCUAUACAUCGAUUCAACAACAACAAUCGUUCAAUAUUUCAAUAUCAUUAUCAACUAAUAUGAUACUAAGCAUAAAAUAUAGAUUAGAUAAUCUACCGAUUAUUGUUCGUAAAAUAUUCAAUGAACCGAUCAUAGACAAUAUAUUUCAUUUGAAAGCAAUAUUAAUUGAAAAUUUAUGUCAUGAUUAUAAUAUCGAUUUAUUGUAUGAGAUUCUUGUUCAUUUUGAUUUUCGUAUUUGUAAACAAAAUCAGAUACGUUCAUCAAAAGAAUGUUAUUUUUGGCGAACAACUGGUUGUCAAAAUUAUGAUUGUAAAUUUUAUCAUAAUCGUUGUGCAAAAGGAGUUGAUUAUCAAGAAUGGAUGCGUAUCAAUACCGAACCACCAUCAUCAUUAAUCAACACUGCAAACAAUCAUAACAAUAGUAAUAAUAAUACUAUGUAUCCUUAUGAAUGA